AUGCUACAGCCUCAUCCAAUUAUUUUCGUUCUUCUCAUAACCUCAGCAUUGUCAAGCGAUAAUAGUGAUAGUGACAUUCUCGAAUUCACAACCACUCGAAAUCAAUUAUGUCAAGACAUUGAAAAUUGUAAAAACUGAAUAUCAUCAUCAUCUAGUUGAUAUCACAAAUUCAGAAAGAUAAUCUGUUUUUGAUUCCAUCUAUUCCGAAUAAAGAUAAGAUCUCUCAAAUCAAGUAGAAAAGUGGAUUAAAAACAGCUACCUAAUAUCUGCAGGGGAAUAUUUUGUAGAUCUCCAAUAAUACACUCUUCCUUGGUUGAUCAUAUCUAUUUCAACUCUAUUUCUAUCAUUGAUUUACAUUUUGGUAGCAAUAAUGCCAAGGUAUAUUAAUGUUUAAUGAUAGUUCAAUCAUAAAAUGGAUUAAAGCUCAUACAGAAGAUGAAUUCAUUUUGAAUAAUAGAAGAUUUCAUAAGUUUGGGAUAGUAACCAUUUUUAUAUUGAAUUUAAUCCUCAUAAUCGCUUCCAUUAUUACAAUUGUAUACUUUAUUAAUAUACAUCAGAUCUCUUCAAAUAAAGUUAUUGAUGGUCUAAAUUAUUCCAAUUGUUACAUGGCUUCCUCUUUUGAUAAUUUACUAGUAAGAAAUGACGAUACCUUUACAGGAUACAGUAUUUUAUAAAACGACUUCAAUUCAUUAUCAAAUGAUUUUAUUGAAUUCCAAUCAGGCUUGAAGAAACUUUAUCAAAGUAGAGUAUCCCUCAGUCUACAAUCAAAGGAGCAAGAAGUCAUUGAAUUUAAUGAUAAGUAAAACUCCAAUCAAUAAUAGACUUAAGAGAAAUCAGCCCAAAUCUCCUCUUCCCAUCAAAUUAUCCUCGAAUGGAACUAGUACCAUCUCAGCUGCCGAGUCUUAUUUCUCGAAAUCGAAGAUUGUAUAGAACUUAUCAUUUAUAUAUUAAUAGAUAGACUACUUAUUGUCCACAAAGGACAAUGAAAAUUACCUUACAUAUCUUGCAUAAUAUGAUCUAAUCAGGAAAGAGGAAAGUGGAAUAUAUUUAACAAGUUAAGUGGAUGAGAUCCAAGACUAUUUUGGGAACAUAUGGCCAAGAUUUGGGUCUUUGGAGAAUUCAUCACUGACUCUUAGGGAUUCCAAAUUAACAUCUAUAUUCACUAAAGCCAAGUAACAGUUAUCAUCCAUCAACAAUUACAUUCUAAACUAUGCUCAACUAUUUACUGAUUUCCAUCAACAAGUCACUGAUGAUAUGAAUUAUUACUCCAAAUCAAUUAACGGCUUAUUAAUUGCCUUAAUGCUUUUUAAUUUAAUUCAAAUCAUUUUAUGGCUUGGAUUUUUGAUUAACAAACAUCUAAAGAUCAGAAAGUAUAUAGAUAUCCUUUGGUUCUUAUGCAAUAUUAUCAUGGCUGGAAUAUCAAUAAUUAAUUUCUUCUUGUAUUCCAACUCCCAGUUAUCCAAAGAAUUAUGUAUAUACUUUGAUGGCAUUGCGAACAACGAAAAAUUUUUUGAAAACCAAAAUAUUAUUGAAUUCCCAGAAACUAAAGAAGCUAUCCAAUCUUGCCUGUAUGGCGAUGGAAACAUUUAUAGUUAACUAAACUUUAUUUCAAGACUCAAAGACAUCAGAACCUACAUCAAUAGUGAAAGCGAUGUGUUAUAGGAAAUACAAAGAUUCAAUUCCAAUUAGACGUUAUUUCUAUAAAAAUUGAAUAAUAACUCUCAGACUAUUUCCUCAAUUGUAGAUGGUACUUUCAUAGAUUUAAACUCUACUGAGAAGGAGGAAUUUCAAAAAGUUAUUGAUGAGUUUAACUAAUUCAAAAGCACUGAGAACUGUGCAGAAGUAUAAGUCACAAGAUGUUCCGAUUAAUCAUCUCCAAAAAGGAGUGGGGAUCUCAAUAAUUCAUAGUUGUGUUGGCAUCCCUCUUUUUUAAUCACUGCAAGUACAGCUUCUUGUUGGGAUCAAUAGGAUCUAUUCUAACAAUUAAAAAUGCAUUACCAAAUACAGGCUCAAGGAUGGAUUAAGAUGUAAUUAUUAGAAUCUUAAUUUGUUUCCUAAAACUUAGAUUUGAAUUAGAAAGUAAAUCAGUAUAUUUAGAAUCAUUCAGAUUUUAUUGAGGUCUAUCAAAAAACGCUGUCCAAUUUGAGUAGCUUACUUUAGGCUACAAAUUGUACAUUUAUGAAAGUAGUUAUUGAUAUUAAUAAAAUUAGGAAGAUUUAAAUAAGGUGCUGGAUGGAAUGUGUGUCAUCUCUUCAUAUUAACUAAGCAAGAUUUCUAUACUUUUGAUAAUUAUCAUCUCGACAAUAUUCCUGUCAGUUUUCUUUAAUUGUCUCACCUCUUUGAAGGUAUCCCAGAUGGAAACUUAUGAAGAGUAUGCUUCUACGAAAGUCAUCAACUUUGCUGGGUCAAGUAUGUUUAGAGCAUCAAUUGAAAUUAAUUAAAUAAUGCAAAAUGAAAGCCCAAUGA